AUUGUGGAGCGGGUAAGCCGAAAAAAAUUCCCGCCUGAAUUUUAGCGACGGCGACGACGACGACGACGGCGACGACCCAGCACAUUCGGAUCGGGUCGACCCACAGCACAGUCACACUCACUGACUCACCCAUAGUUUAUUUUUUAUUUUUUUUUAUUAUUAUUAUUUUUAAUUUAGUCACCAUAUCAGUGUCGGCUCUUGGGUUCUCUGCUUACGGCCUCGAAUAAAAUAAGUCCAAAAACAAACUGAAACUAUAAAAAAGGCUCUUCAUCUUUGUUGCCACCGAACCUCUUCGCCAUUGUUCCUCGAAUUGGUUUCAGACUCUACCGGACGCCCACUUUUGUUGAAUCUCGAUUUACCCUUUUGUUCUUAGUCCCAGAAUUGGAUGCUGUGAACUGGGUUUCUGUCACAUUGUGAAGAAAGCAGUUCCUUGUGGAUUUCUCUUGCUUCUCUUUCCUUUUUCAGAAUGGUUAAUGCAAGAUUUAGCCAAGGGCUAAAUCUUCUAGUUUUUGGACUGCUGUUGCUGAAAACAGAUGGCCUUUUUGUGGAAAUUACCUAUGUUGAGAAUGCCGUGGCUACAGGCGCCGUUUGUUUGGAUGGCAGCCCUCCUGCCUACCACUGGGACAGGGGAUUUGGUUCUGGAAUUAAUAGUUGGUUGGUUCACCUUGAGGGAGGAGGAUGGUGCAACAAUGUGACAUCUUGCCUUAACCGUAAGGAUACACGUUUAGGCUCCUCUGAUAAAAUGGCCAAGCUAAUCCCUUUCUCUGGCAUCUUGAACAACAGGCGUCAAUACAAUCCAGACUUUUACAAUUGGAAUAGAGUCAAAGUCAGAUACUGUGAUGGGUCAUCAUACACUGGGGAUGUGGCAGCAGUCAACCCAGCUACUAAUCUUCACUUCAGAGGAGCAAGGGUUUGGCUGGCUGUCAUGGAGGAACUAUUGGCAAAAGGAAUGAGAAAUGCUGAGAAUGCUGUUCUUUCUGGAUGUUCAGCUGGUGGAUUAGCAUCCAUUUUGCACUGUGAUAGCUUCCAAGCUCUCCUACCAUUGGGUACUAAAGUAAAAUGUAUUUCAGAUGCUGGUUAUUUUAUCAAUGCGAAGGAUGUCUCUGGAGUAAAUCACAUUCAAUCUUACUUCAGCCAAAUAGUCACCACGCAUGGAUCAGCAAAGAAUUUGCUUCCAUCUUGUACUUCAACAUUGAGCCCAGCUUUAUGUUUUUUCCCACAAUACAUGGCACCGCAAAUACAAACUCCACUUUUUAUUAUCAAUGCAGCAUAUGAUUCAUGGCAGAUAAAGAACAUUCUGGCACCAGCUGAUGCUGAUCCUAAUGGCACCUGGGAGAGCUGUAAGUCUAAUAUAAAGAACUGCUUGCCUACCCAACUUAAGGCCAUGCAAGCCUUCAGGUUACAGUUCUUAAUUUCCUUGCUUCGAAGCGGCAAGUCUUCAUCUAGAGGGAUGUUCAUAGACUCUUGCUAUGCCCAUUGCCAAACUGAGAUGCAGGAAUUCUGGUACAUGACUGAUUCCCCGGAGUUGAACAAGACGAGAAUUGCAAAGGCAGUAGGCGACUGGUUUUUUGACCGGAUUCCUUUCCAAAAGAUAGAUUGCCCUUACCCUUGCAAUCCUACUUGCCGCAACCAAAUUUAUGAUUCAGAACACACCCCACAAUUAUAACAGUCUUAUUAUUCCAUUGAUAUACGUAUAUAAUUCUUUAUAUGGUUUAGGAUUAUUAUAAGAAUAGUCAGAUUAAAUAAGGAAAAAAAAAAGAGGGAUCAAAUUUAUGAUUUAUCAAGUCAUCAAAAUAAUCAGAGAUCACCACUGCUCCCAACUUGUGUGCUGGGUGGCUCUGUCAUUCUUUUCUUCCGAACCCAGAUUGUUAGCAUUAUUAUUAUUCUUAAUAAAAUCAGUAGAUUCAA